UCCCGCCCUCAAAACCAAAAACACUUCCAUCUAUCAAAACACCAAAUCCAUCAAGAAACUUCCUCGAAAAUACUUCAAGAUCGUUCUUUUCAUAGAAAUAUUGAACACCUGCCUCUGAAUUAUUGAAAUCAUCAAAAUGAAUCUCCUUUUGAGUAUUCUGCUUUCUGUUACGGCACUGGUUGCUGCAGCGACUUCUGGUCGAGAUGCGUCAAAUUCCCGUAUAUGUCACCAUCGAUCUUCAUAUUCGUAUAAAAGUUACUAACUUCUAUUCUUUCAAUACAGCCGUCAAUGCAGUUAAUAAUGAGGUUCGAGAGAUCUCCAAUGGAGGUCUUACUUUACCAGGAACUUCUCCCGUCACAGUCAAUAAUGUAGUUGUCGCAACUACAUCUUCUAAUUUCGGUUCCCCUCCUGUCUUUACUACUAUCGAUCAAGCCUCUGCAGCCGCAUCAACCCUUAGUGAUAAUUUCCCUCCUGUUAGCCCCGGUCAUUCGGUUAUUCAUAGCAGCAUUCAUGAUUCUACAACUGUCAUUUUCUCCACUGUCACGUUGCCUCCAACUACUUUGGUUUCUGUUGGACCUGUAGCUCCGACUGUUGAACCUGUCGCUCCCACUACAAGUCUUUUGUCCGCUGCUAAUGAACACGGGUAAGUUAACUUCACAAUUCAUUUCUCUGAACUUUGCUAAUUAAAUGUAGAGCUGCUCUUGUUUCUUCUGGGGCUACGACUACAUCUCAUUCGUAUGUAUACACUCUGCGACAAUUUGAUUGAUGGAACUAAUAUAGUUUCUUUAGAGCUACGGCCACUUCUGAUGUUACUCAACCAGUAGCAUUAGAGACAUCUACUCUUGAACCAGAAACUGUUCAACCUUCUGCCGCUCAACCAUCCAUCGUUGAAUCUUCUGCAGCUCAAUCAUAUGUUUUUCAAUCGUCUUUAACUCCAGCAACUUCUCAAUCUUCAACUUCACAAUCAUCAACCGCUCAACCAUCAACUGCUCAAUCCGCAGAAGUUCAAUCAUCAAGUUCGCAAUCGUCAACUUCGCAAUCAUCGACUACUCAGUCAUCGGCUGCUCUAUCAUCGACUCGAUCCUCAGAAGUUUUAUCAUCGACUGUCCAAUCAUCAACUACUAAAUCAUCGACACAAUUAUUGACUACUCGGUCUUCAGGGCUUCCGUCAUCGGCGACCCAAUCCUUAGCAGCCCCAUCGACGACUUGUGAACCUUCUUCCAGUCAACCAUACACUUUUCAACCUCCAGUUACUGAAACUCCGGCUUCUCCAUCAUACUCUGUUUCAUCAUUGCCUGCUGAAUCAUGGACAAUUCAAUCAAAAUCACUUGAAUCAUCGACAGCUCAAGCUACAGCAGAAAGCAGCAUCAGUCACAUAUCAGCUGCUUCAAGCCUUCCGCCAAUGAGCGCUAUCAGCCCUGCUCCAUUCCUUAACAGUACAGCUUCCCUUGUUCAGUCUUUAAGUCCGUCUGUAGUCUAUCCAAGUACAACAAUUGUUCCAGUAUUGUCGGCAUCUAGUCCUGCUACAUCUGUCAUUGUCGGAACAGCACAAACCAACUCUGCAAGUCUUCCUACAAUUAUUCCACCAUACAACAAUGUAUUCAGUUCAGCAGUCUCUGGUAUUAUUGGAACAUUCCAAAGCAUAAUUUCUAGCAGUUCUCCGGCAUCCGGCUCUAUUGGCACAACCAAAACAACAACUAAAAGAACAACUACCAUCACUUCAACGACAACCCGUACUGGAACUAUCACUACCACCAUUGCACGGUCAUCUGCUAGUAUCACUUCUCAAAGUUUUAUUGGCAAACUUCCUGUCACUGGUGCUCCUCAAGCUGGUCUCACAACAGAAACUUUCACUUCUGGUGGAAGUACCUGGACUACAACUGAGACUGGUCCUCCACGUACUGUUACCGCAUCUCUGAUGUUGAAUCCAUCACUUUCAGCUUCUAGCAAUGGUGGUGUUCUUACUUCCAAUGGUGCCGCACCAUCUGGAGCUUGCACUUGCCCAUCUCAGGUUACUGUCACUGUUACUGCAACAUCAUUUAUUGCUACUGGCAGUACUCCUUCAGGUACUGCAGUUACUAGAUCUACAGCAUCUGCCAGUUCUCCAGGAAAAUCUACCAGUUCCUCGUCCCAUUCAACAACAUACUAUCAACCACCCCAAGAAUCCUGGACCACCAACAGCGUUCCUGGCUUCGUUGGUGUUACCAUCCCAACCGCAGGCAUGUCAUACCCUCCCCAAGCGGCCACCUACUCAAGUACAAACUCCAAGGUACCUUCCGCCAGCUAUGCAGCCAUAACUCCUGCCUCCGACUCUGUCUCCCACAGUCAUCCAUACAUGAGUAUUGAACCCACACCCAACCUUAGCGUUUUAUCCAACUACUCCUCAACCAGCACUGGUAGUCUGUUAGGAAUAAAUGCAGAAACAGGCAUCGGAAAAAGCAUCACGCCAAGUUAUCACCCAACUACCCGACCAUCAUCAGGUAUCUCACCCUCCAUCACCUCGAUCAAAUCAUCCCCACCAAUGUACAGCGGCAACGCCGAGAUCAACGCUGUCGGUACCGAAUCUGUUGCCUUAAUCGUCGGUUUCGUUGCACUCAUUCUACUCGUUUAGUCUAAUCUUCGAUCUAAUCUUGGAUUCAUCAAACUUCGGAAUACGUUGUAAUUACAACAACUGAGGAAUCAAAAUUACAUAUGGCGUGAUGAUAUGAUACCGGAUCUUAAAAUGGUGGAUGGAUGGAUAUAAGAAAUAGCAUUUACAUUUUGCUCUUUCUUACAUCUUUGUUUUAUCUAACUGCCUGCCUGCCUGUCUUUAGGAUUUUUCUUUCUCGAAUGAAAAGGAUGGAUAUGAUGGAUAGGGGUGGGGAUACUGGC